UUUAAAAAUUUAGACACCUAUAAUGCUUCUUCCUGGCCUAUAUAAUAGGGACUCAAUAGUCCUCCAAACGAAGUCCAAAGCUUCAAACCAGCAGAAAAGUAAAGCAAAUACCCACAGAUUGAGAGACGAAAGGCAUGGCUAACGUUGAAGUCGACUGCGAUUCUCAUGAUCUGAUUUCGCUUCUCUCCUUCGAGGAGAGGGAUUUUCUCGUCCGCAACAAUGGGGACCAGCUUAAGAUCAGUAUUUUGUCCGGAAAGACUGUGGGGUUGUAUUUCUCUGGCUCAUGGUGCGGUCCGUGUUGCCAUUUUACCCCAACGUUAGUGGAAGUUUACGAAGAGUUGUUGCCCAAAGGUGACUUUGAAGUAGUCUUCAUUUCUUCUGAUAGAAAUGAUGAAUCAUUCAACGGCUACUUCGCCAAAAUGCCUUGGCUUGCUGUUCCAUUCACUGACUCGGAGACCCGGAAACGCCUUAAGAGCUUAUUCAAAGUGAGGGGCAUCCCUCACCUUGUCAUCCUUGAUCCCAAUGGGAAGGUCUUGACGAAUGAUGGGUGCAGAAUCGUCAGGGAAUACGGAGUAGAUGGUUAUCCGUUUACUUCGGAAAAAAUUCAGUUUUUGAAAGAUGAAGAGGAGGCGGCUAAGAAGAAUCAGUCCUUGAGUUCUGUUUUGAUUUCUGGCUCCCGCGAUUAUUUGGAGUCAAAUGAUGGACAUAAGAUCGCUGUACCUGAGCUUGAAGGCAAAACAGUUGGCCUGUACUUUUCGAUACAAGCUCAUGGGGCUUGCCUUGAAUUUACCCCGAAACUUAUUGAGGUUUAUAAGAAACUCAAGGAGAGAGGUGAAAAUUUUGAGAUUGUGUUGAUACCUCUGGACUAUGAAGAUGAACACUUCAAAGAGGGGUUCAAAACAAUGCCAUGGUUGACGGUGCCCUUCAAGGACAAGACCUGCGAAAAGCUUACUCGUUACUUUGAGUUGGAAACCCUUCCCACAGUGGUUAUAAUUGGGCCAGAUGGGAAGACUGUACACCCAAAUGUGGCUGAGCUCAUUGAGGAACAUGGUAUUGAAGCCUAUCCUUUUACACCAGGUAAGGUUGCUGAGCUUGCUGAGAUUGAGAAGGCCAGAUCUGAAUCGCAGACACUGGAAUCAGUUUUGGUUCUGGGGGAAAGUGACUUUGUGAUUGACAAAAGUGGUUCCAAGGUCCCAGUGUCUGAACUAGUUGGGAAGAACAUUCUGCUGUAUUUCUCGGCUCACUGGUGCCCGCCAUGUCGUGCAUUCAUGCCUAAGCUGAUAGAAGUGUACCACGAGAUAAAAGCAAAGGACAAAGCCUUUGAAAUUAUAUUCAUCUCCAGCGACCGUGAUCAGUCCUCGUUUGAUGAGUUCUUUGGAGGCAUGCCCUGGUUAGCCCUUCCAUUUGGUGAUGAGAGGAAGAAGUUCCUGUCACGCAAAUUCAAAAUUCAGGGCAUUCCUGCUGCUGUUGUAAUUGGCCAAAGUGGCAGGCUGGUCACCAAGGAAGCACGGCAGCUCAUAACAGCUUAUGGUGCAGAGGCAUAUCCAUUCACUGAAGAACGUAUGAAGCAUUUUGAGGAAAUGGCGAAGGGGUGGCCUGAGAAACUGAAACAUGAACUGCAUCCAGAGCACGAACUUACAAAAACUCGUCGGAGCUCAUAUAGUUGCAAUGGCUGUGGGAAGAUGGGACAUGGGUUUUCUUUUUACUGUAAGCAGUGUGACUUUGAUCUCCAUCCCAAGUGCGCUUUGAAGAAGGAUGAAGGAACAAAGGAUGGGGAGAAAGCAAAGGAUGGAGUGAUUUGCGAUGGAGAAGUGUGCCGUAAAGCUUAAGAAGACAUCCGUAUUACAGAAUAUGUUUGUGGCUUAAAUAACAUAAUUGGGGUGCUUAUGUUUGAUGCAGGCUAUGUAAUUGUGUUGUCUUGUGUAAAAUAAUUGCAUGAUAGUUGUGUUGUGGAAGUGAAA